AAUUAAGCAAGAGAUACCUUCACUUAGAAUUAAAUACUUUAGCUCCUUAUUUGAAAAAUGAAAGGUAGUUUUACUGAAGAUCAUCUUUAUCUAGACUACUUUCAUCAGAAAGAAGACUGCAUCUUGCCUCUUCACACAUCUGUAACUUUAUUUCUGUUGUCAUACUGUGACUGCAAGACAUUCAGAGUCUUUUUAGUAUCUCCAGGGGAAAUACCUUCAGACUCCCAGUUUUCAGACAAAGCACUGCCUGAGGCCCUGGAAUUUUGCCUUAUCAAAAGGUGCCAGCUUCCAUCAGUGGUCCAAAACUGCUGCCUACCUGCUGUCCUUGAAAAGAGUGGAACAUUCUGUCGAGCAGGACUUGCUGUGGUGUUAAGGCAUCUAAUACACAAAACAUAUGAGGCUGAUCCAUCAAAGAAGGACGUUUUGGAACUCUUGGGUUUUAAAAAGACCUGUUUGAAAGCCUGUGCUGAAGUUAGUGAAUGGACCAGACUUUGUGAAAUCAGCAUUCCUCUGGCUGUUGAGGAUUUUCUGAGGCUGUCUCCUGAUCAGCAUCAGAGUAUUCCUGUGGAAGUUCUGCAUCUUGAAAAGAAGUUGGGAGAACCUGUAAGAGUGCAUAAUGAUGACAAAAUUCGAAGGCAGAAAGUUCAGCAGCAAAACUCACUUGUUAAGAAAGGAAGUAACAAUGCUUCAGAGGAAAGAAAAUCAAGAGAAAUUCAGGAAUCAUCUUCUGCAGAUUUGGAAUUAUCUUUCUCUAAGUUAACUGUGCAGAAAAAUCCAGUUUCCACCAAAAGGGAACCUUCUCAUAUUAGGAAAAUGAAAACCUCUGAACUCCCACCUCUGGAGCAUGUUUUUGCUGAAGGGCUGUAUUUUACUUUGGCUGAUAUAGUUCUCUUUCCAUGCAUUCAUCAGUUUUGGGUUUUCAGCAAAAAUCAUCAAGACAAAAUGCUGGCGUUGCCUUUAAUAUCCAGUUGGUACCAGAGAGUUCAGGAAGUACCAGGAGUAAAGAAGGCUGCUGUCAAAUGCAAAAUGCAGUUUGUCCAGUAUCAGGAGGACUCGUCCUCUUUCCAAGCUGAAUGCCCACAAAGACCCUGCACAGCUUCUGAUGAGCCGGAAGAGGAGAAUGAAGAUGCUCAGUUCAUAGGUGGCCCAAGGCCAACCAUGACAAAGUUAAUGGCUAAUGGUAUUGAAGCCGUGUUUUGUCCUCAUCCUAACCCUACCUGGGUCCUAGACUGGGACAGUCUACCAGCUGCAGUUAACCCAGGAGAAGAAAUCAUUGGGAAAGCGGAGGCCUUGAAGGACAUUGUACUUUCCCCCUUUGAUGGAGUUCAGUUGAUCGUUGGUGACUCAGUUAUGAGCCUAGAGGUUAUAUUGGACUCAGCAUUACUGCUGGGGAAACAAGUUAAUGCAGCUGCAAAAAAAACAAAAGCUUCUAAUUAA